AUGCCAGACUUCCGCGCAUGGCUGAACAGCGUCAACUUUUUCCGAAUUCAAACCCGUACGCUCCUUUUGACUAUACUAGGGGUUUUCAGUCCUUCUUUUGCGUUGAACCCGGCGUUAAUAACUCGCGGCUCUUCAGCCAUGUUCAUGCGCUCUUUUACUGCCAGGAGCCGGGUGGAGAAAGCUGCCAGGGCCCCCAAGAGGGCGCAUAAGCGUGCGAAGGCGAGGAUGCAGGAGGAACUGGACACUUCUCCUCCUCCAACUCCAGCCCGUCCCAUCGUCACUAUGGUUGUGGGCUGGGAGAAGCGUUAUUUCGCCGCCCACGAGGAUGUUCUGUCCCAGUCACCUUGGUUUCAUGCUGCGUUGCAGGAAGAUUUCCUGCUAGAUAGUAGAAAUGCAAAGCAACUGUAUCUGCCUGAUGAAGAACCUGAGAUUCUGUCCUGCGUCCUCGAGUUCCUUUAUACUGGAGAUUACUACCCACGUCUGCUCCGCGGCAGGCGUAAGUACUCCUGGAAACUCGAGAAUGCCCAGGACCUCCGCGGUACCGGUGGCCGUGGGUCGAGCGAGCCAACCAUUUUCCACUCCGGCGUGGGUGCAGAGGUCCUCCGGGACACAGUCGUGUACUGUGCCGCGGAGAAGUACGGGCUGGAGGGACUCAAGAGUCUCUCGCUCCGCAAACAGGGCCUGCAGAGCGGCAUCGCUAUCGAUGUCAUUCUGAGGUCUGCCCGGUACGCGUACGACCACACGCCGGACACGGAAUAUCGACUCCGCUCUCAUUACCUGGAAAUGAUUAUCAAGACCCGGCAGUUGUUCGUGCGGAGUGGAACCAUGCAGAUGGAGAUGGAGGCUGGGGGCGCGCUGUUUUUCGAUCUGUUCGUUUCCAUGUGCAAUUAUAUGGAUGACCUUGUGGAGCUUAGCAAUGGCCGAACUCCCAGGUAUGCCGUAUAG